UACUGGCGGGUAGUGCUUCGCUGCUUCGCUCGAGAUCACCCGUGCGUGCGUGUGUGUGAGGGUGUGCGUGUACGCGCGCGCGUGCGCGCGAACGUAACACGGUGGGCGUACAACCCCCAAUGACGAUGUGUCAACGACGAUCUUGAUGCCACGUUUGCAUCGCUCUUUUUCGAAUCAUUAGCCCUCCUCGAUCGCGAGACGUCGGUCACUCGAAAGCAUCGAGUCGAUAGUCGAACGAGAGCAGACUCCGCCAUUUUCACCGAUUCCACGCGAGGUGCCCCGAUGAGAGCCACCGGUCCUCGUACAGGUUCGCGCGGCUGACGCCUACGGCCGCGCCUCUGGAUUCCACAAACACCAACACACGACACGCGAAGAUAGUCGUUAAAAUCCUCGCCGCUGGGCAUCAUUCGGCUAUUUUCUUCGCUCAUCGUUCCAAAAGUGUUUGCGUCGACCUGAUCGAACGAGUGUAUACAUGUGCCAAGUGUGCAUGUAUGACAACAGGAUACACGUGGAGGUGCGUUGGUGAGAGUCUUGCGACGCCACUGCGCUGCAUACCAGUGAGACCCCGGCUCUGGGAGCGAGGAGAGGGAUAGAAAAGCCUAGAGCGCGAAUUGAAAGGAAGCGACAGAGACGAAGAACGAAGAAGGGGACGUGCAGAAGGUAGAGGGACAAAGGGAAAGAAAGCGAAGGAGAGACGGAAAGAUAGAGUCAGACGAGAGAAAAAAGAAAAAGAGAGAGAGAAAGAAAGAAAGAGCAAAACUGGGGUCCGAUACUGGUAGGAAGACUCAUAAGAAGGCGGCCAUAAUGGCCUGACGCGAUCUCGAGCGAGCGGCUACAGCUGCUGCGAAAUAUCCGCGCCGCCGAGUUCCUCUCGCCGUUACUGCGCGCAACAUAUUUUGCAACAUCGUGCUGCGAACGCAUCGUAUAUGCGGCCUCUGUCUAUCUUUGGAAAGCAGCGGAUUACUACGUAAUCGGCUGCGAGGAGUGUUACCGGGCGGAUUCUCGUGUUGUUCGCUCUGCCGUGAACGUGUCACAUGCCUCGCGUACACUCAAUAAGUUUCUGAGUCACGUCCGCGACUCGGCAACGCGCGUGAGAAGGAAUUCGCCGGUUGGUAAUUAACGUUCAGGAAGAUCCGUAUCUUCGGAUGUUGUUGCCACCACUGAGAAGAUCGAUGCUUAUCGUGAGACCAACCCAUCAUGCAUUGAAAUCUCCGAAAGGUUUCUCCAUUCAAAGCAGUUCUGCUUCAUCGAGUAUCGGCUUCUGUAUAACAACACGACUCUGAGCUAUAUAAAAUAAUUCAUUUGAAAAUUCAUUGGAAAAGCUCUUUGUCAGAAUUUCUUAUGUCAGAGUCAAACCAAUUUUUGAACGUAUAUAUGUACGCAAUUUCUAAACGAACGAAUUAUUAACAAAGUAGAUUUUAACUGCGAUUUUUGUAUCGCGAGAUUGAACUUUAAAUUAAAUUUAAUCGAUAUUAAUUACGAGCCGAAUUAAAAAUGAGGGGAGCUAAUCAAGAUACGGCGACGCCUUAUUGUCGAUGCAGGGUACUCUAUCUAGGAAGCUCGGUACCUCACGCGAGUAAAGAGGGACUCUUGGGCGUCCAGGAACCUUUGAGAGAGCUCUAUCCCGAACAGGGUGCACUGGGCGCACGCGGGAUCGAUUCUUGGCUAAGCGUUUGGAGCAACGGCUUAUUGUUGGAGAAUGUCGAUGAACAUCGUAAGAAGAUCACGCGAUUCUUUCCCAUCGAAGCGCUUCACUAUUGCGCCGCGGUCAGACAUGUCAAAGGUGGAAAUAGCGAUUCGUCCAAUACGCGGUUCCUGCCACUGGACUCGCCAUUCGCGCGAACACCCAACGCCAAUCAUCCGCCCUUGUUCGCCGCCGUGUUGCGAAGAACAACUGGCAUCAAGGUUCUCGAAUGUCACGCGUUCAUCUGCAAACGAGAUAUGGCGGCCAACGCCCUGGUAAGGUGUUGCUUCCACGCUUACGCCGACAGUAGCUAUGCAAAAGGCCUGGAACCGUCGUCAACGACGAUCAACGGAAUCACCACGGGUCAUCAACAAUCAAACAACAGUCUAUACCAUACUCUAGGCGGCUCGAGCACCACUCUAGACAGUCCUCAAGCGACCCGUUUGGAUACAACAUCGACCGAUGAUCUCAGCUUGUAUAACGGCGACGAGAAUCACAAAGUCUGGGCGAGGGGUCGCGAUGAAGUCGAUGCUCUUUAUCAAGAACAAGGCACCCUGCGAAGCACUAAGGGAUCCAGACCGCGUCAAUUGGUCGCUCCCCCGCCGCCGCCGCCACCGCCACCCCCUCCUGCGCAACCCUUGUUGUUGGAGGAAUCUUCUUCCGCGCGACGAAAAGCUAAUAAGAAGCUAAAGAAGAUGAAGACUCGUUCAUUGCACGAGGAUGCAUUACAGCAGCAUCAACAGCAACAGCAAUUUCUCCAUCAUCAGCUUCAUCAAGGCGUAUAUGCAAACGGCCACGGACAUCAUACUCUGGGUCAUCCGAUCAGGCAGCAACAUUACCAUCCUCACCCGCUACCACCCAGUAGUCGAUCCGUCGCUGGUACUUUAGCUAGACCGACGCCGGUGCUUUUGGUACCAGCAGCCACAUUGCCACGCAAGAAUCAUCAUCAUCCGCGUUUGAGGCCAAUUCCAGCUGCGGCACCCAUAGUACCGAUCUACGCACCUUUACCUGUAGUACCACCGACCGCAGCACCGACGGCGGCCAUUUAUCCAGCAGGCACGUAUGGCACUGCCAAAAACAAAGGCAGAAGACAUCCGGAAACAGAUAACUCGACCCUAAGUACGUCCAAAAGAUUAGCUGCCUCUCAUGCCGAUCUUACCACGGCAGAAAUCACUCGGCAGGCGGAUAGUCCGGAGAACGAAUCUCGUUUUGGUACUGGCAUAUAUCGGCGGAAAGGUCAUCUGAAUGAGAGAGCCUUUUCUUACAGCAUCCGUGCCGAACACCGGAGCAGAAGUCAUGGUAGCCUAGCUUCCUUGGGCUUCAGCGCUCAAAAUGGCAAUGCAGUGCCGAAGGAAGAAAAGAAAGAUCGCGAGAUCGCCCAGCUGGUCGCCGGAUUGAGCCUCAAUGAAGGAAUGGAACGGACGCAGGCUUCGAAUUCGAGGGGAGGAUAUCCUCUUCAUCAUCAACAACAGCAGCAGCAACAGAUACAACCGCUGCCUAGGCCGAGACCCCGUUAGAAUCCUUGCUUGAGAUUGACCUGCUUCAAUAUCAAACCGUUUGAAAAUGUCUAGGUGAUCCAGAGCAAUUUUAAAUAUAUUUCAGAGAACGAAAACUUCAUUAAAAAAGCAAUUUUUCGUAGCCUUGGCGUUGAACUGA